CUCUUAUCGUUUGACAUGAGCAAACAUGUUGAAUACAUUCUAUUGGCGGAAUUCGAUAUUGACAAAGGUGCUUCUCUAAAGCACCAAUACCCAACAGAGACAGGAACAGACGAACAUAUCUUGUCUGAGCUCAUGUUGCCUGAUGGUGCUCAUUUACGUGCUGAAGAUUGGACCAUCUUUUGUUUGAAUCAACUCACACCUGUCCCUGAACAAGAAAUAGAUCAAGAGCGGAAAAGUCCCUUGCUUUAUGUAUUAAACUUGGUGAGAACAAAGCAUGACGCGACAGCACGAAGAGGCGCUAUGGUAAAAGCAAUGGCUAUCUGUACUAGACACCAAUAUCUUCAUAUAUACAAACCUGUGCUCUUAUUGGCAAUGGAAAAAUACUUUGAAAAUCCAAACGUGGACAUUUUGGAAUCACUUUAUAAGGCAGUCAAUUCAAUGGAUUUAUCAAGGAUGCCCAAGUUUACUUGGCAUGAAAGACAGAUCUUGAGAGCAUCAGAUAAUAAAACCAUGUUUGAAGAAAUGUUUGUGGAUGAUACAACUGUAGAUGAUAUGGAUGUGCUGGAAGAUACCGAAUUCAACAGACAGCGAAGAGGAACCUAUAUCGAUCUUGCUUCUGGAAGUGUAAGAGAGCAAAUACCCACAUUAAGUAAAGACAGACACUUUUUUGAAACAAAGAUAGAAUAUGAAGGCAUCAAACUGCCUAUCAAGAUUCCUCUCACAGUCAAUGAUGAAGAAGUAGGCGAUUUUUCAGUGAUAAAGCUUAUCAACACAUUUACACCCAGUCCCAAUCAUCCAGGUUCGCCUAAUCCACAUCAUCCUCAUCUGGACAGUUCCGGACCUUACACUCAUCCGAUCAUGCUCUUAUUGAACGCAUUAUUAACACAAAAGCGAAUCAUCUUUUUGGGUCACGGACAUCCCUCAGGCGAAGUAGCAAACUAUGUCUUGGCGGCUUGUGCUUUAGGCAGUGGAUGUGGUACGGUCUUACGAGGAUUUACAGAACGAGCGUUUCCUUACACAAAUCUGACAAGUGUGGAUGAUUUAUUAAAAUGUCCUGGAUUCAUCGCUGGUGUGACCAAUCCUACAUAUGAAGAACAUACCAGUUGGUGGGACGUGCUCUGUAAUAUCAGCACCGGUAAGAUCACGGUGAGUAAAGAUAUCAAUUCGACUAGCCCUGUGUCCAGUCGAAAGGGAUCAAUUGCAGCGUCUAUCGCAGACGAUGUAUCUUCUUUCAGUUCACUAUCACUCGGCCGUACUUCAAGUAUGGGCUCAUUUAAUAAACAACAACAACAACCUCAGCAGCCUCAACAGCAGCAGACUUCAGCAGCGAUGUCACUGGUGCAAGAAGAGAAGAAGGACUCAGAUGCAGAGUUUAUGCAAGACGUCAUGGCAGCUAUUCAAGCGCAUUAUGGAGAAACUUCGAUUCGUGCCAAGUUUCAGGAUUAUGUAUUUCGCUUUGUGCGAUUAGCUGCUCUCUAUGAGGAACAGGUAUAUCAUCAAACAAAAAUAGGGUUUGGAUCCAAAGACACAGUGCUUGGGUAUGGACCUGUGUUUAUAGACGAAACAGCCAAGCAAAGAGAAUUGGCUGCCAAUGCGAGUCGAAUCGAAGGAUGGAGACAGACGAUUUCAUAUAAAUAUUAUCAAAGAGACUUGGCCACUCGGCUGGAGAACUCUUGUAUUAAAAAUCUAGAUGUCUAUCACCAGAUCACUAAACUGAAACGACUCAAGCACAUACCAGAUAAUGAAAUACAUGCCAUCUAUGAAGCAUUUCUUAAUAAUAUCGUCACCCAUCGUCAAAUGAUUGAGUUUUUAUCAUUUUUGCCUCAGCAUCAAGGAGGUCUAGCACCACUUGGAGUCGGCUUAUUUCACUCAAAUCCAUUGGUCCGAAAGCAAGCACUCGAAUUAUUUCGUAGAUUAGAACGUAGUCCAGUAGGAACCAAGUUCAUUCAGGGUUUAUCAAGAUUUCAGAAAAUAGCUUAUGAAAGACAAUCUGCUUCCUAUACCAAUCAUACACAAUAA